AUGGUUCCCUCCAGAUGGAGUCAAGAUGGCCUCCUCAACGGCGACUAUUGCCUUAUGGAAGGGUAUGCGACAGACAAGAUGGUACAAAAUGACUUCAUUUUGAUCUCACUUCAUUUGUCCCAACCGAUCCAGGGGUCACAGUGCUUUAAAAUUUACGUAGAGGACUCCUCUAGUACAACACGGAAUUCAGAUAAUUUGACACCCGGUCACUGCGGGGCUGUUACAGGAAAAUCCUCUGACCACUUUUCCAGGAAAUUCCCCAAGACCACUCCGGCGUAG